UUAGAUGGAACGUAAAAAAUGUUUUAUACCUCUAAUUUUUGCCUUGUUAAUCUCCUCUUUGUUCAUAAUUUCCGUUCUUAAUUCUACUUCCCAUAAGUACCCUUUAUUUCACCAACUUACAUCGAUACAUGCGGCCUCAUCAAUAUCGUUCGUCGAAUCAAAGCUGCGCACAUCUCCAACACGAUCAAAUUCAACGAUACCAAGAUUGGCGUAUUUAUUAUCUGGUUCAAGUGGUGACUUGGAGCGUAUGAAGAGGACGUUGAAGGCUUUGUACCAUCCGUUAAAUUUUUACUUGUUACAUUUGGACCUUGAGACUUCGAAGGAGGACAGAAAUGAGCUAGUGAAAUUUGUGAAGACGGAGAAUGUGUUUGUGGAAUUUGGGAAUGUGAAGGUUAUUGAGAGAUCUAAUUUGGUUACAUAUAGAGGUCCUACUAUGGUGAGCAAUACACUUCAUGCUGCCGCAAUUUUGAUGAAGGAAGGAGGUGAAUGGGAUUGGUUCAUCAAUUUGAGUGCCUCUGAUUAUCCUUUAGUAACUCAAGACGAUUUGCUUCACAGUUUAAGGAGUAUUCCAAGAUAUCUUAACUUUAUAGAGCAUACAAGUGAUCUCGAUUGGAAAGAGGAGUAUAGAGCCAAGCCAUUAAUAAUUGAUCCAGGGUUGUACAGCUUGAACAAAUCAGAUAUCUUCUUUGUUGAACCACAAAGGAGUGUGCCAACAGCAUUUAAAUUAUUCACAGGAUCUGCAUGGAUGAUGCUCUCACGGCCCUUUGUGGAGUACUUAUUGUUGGGAUGGGACAGCUUCCCAAGGACACUGUUAAUGUACUAUACUAAUUUUCUCUCUUCACCUGAAGGAUACUUUCAGACAGUCGUAUGCAAUGUCCAAGAAUUUAUAAAUACAACGAUAAACCACGACCUUCAUUUUAUAGCAUGGGAUAAUCCUCCGAAGCAGCAUCCGCACUAUCUCACGGUGGAUGAUUAUAAGGAAAUGGUCGAUAGCAAUGCCCCGUUUGCUAGAAAAUUCGGGAAGAAUGAGCCGGUGCUUGACAAGAUUGAUGUCGAGCUCUUAGGGCGUAAGCCUGAUGGUUUUGUUCCUGGUAGCUGGUUUGGGGAUGCUAAAAUUGCAACCAAUGUAACGUCGUUACGGCCUGGCCCAGGUGCCAAAAGACUAACAAGUUUGAUAUCUAGUUUCUUGUCUCAUAAAGAUUUUGACAAAAAGCAUUGCCUUUAGAUGUAAUGUGUACUAGUAUUGAGUAAUGGAUUCAGCAUGAAAUUGAAUACCUGACUACUAAGGAUCCACUUAUUUCGUGGAAUAGACUAAAAGAAAGAUUUGACCACUUGAAGAUGAUCAUCUUUCCAAAGGCACGAUAUGAAUGCAUACACCAUGAAAAUAAGAUGUUGGGUACAA